AAGACCGCUCACACAACUUGUACACUUUACAGCCGAAUCCUCGACAACCGGGACAUUAUAACGUGUACUUUGAUCACACGGGGUAAUAGAAAUGGGACGUAUUAUACAGUUCAUUUGGAGCGUGAUGGUAAUGAUCGCCUUGGUGAAAUCUAAUGAAGACUUCGAAUAUCGCUUAAAACAGAUGGAACAGAAAUUUGCUUCUCAACUACAAGCCGUUCGUGAAGAUGCCUGUUCAAAUAGUAAAGGUAUAUCGGAUAACAUCAGGGAUCGACGAGUUGUGAACAAAGAAGAACCAGUUAUAGCAUUCUCCACCCAGCUCGGUCCAGAGAAGAACAACCUCGGUGUGCAUCAGACUCUUAUUUUUGAAGGAAAUGUUAUGAACGAAGGGUCAGCGUACAGUAACCUGACCGGUGUGUUCACCUGUCCGAAAGCUGGUAUGUACUACUUCUCCGUUACAAUAAUGGUAAGGGCUCAUGACGAAUUCGAAACAGAGUUGGUCCACAAUGGCCGCAAUAUAAUGGUGAACUACGCAGCAGGCGAAAGUCAAUUCAAACAGGCAACAAAUUCUGUCGUAAUUCGUCUUAAUGAAGGUGAUAAAGUGUGGGUCAGAAUACUGGAAAACCUUGGAAUUAACAACGGAAACAUACGUAUAUAUGGAGGAGGCUGGACCACAUUUACGGGAUUUCGAAUCCAAUGA